UUCAUCAUCUGCAGAGAUCUUAACCACACCAAUCAGUACAUUGUGGGACUAGCUCUUUGUGCUUUGGGUAAUACAUGUUCUGCAUAAAUGGCUCGUGAUCUUGCACCUGAAGUUGAAAGAUUGCUGCAAUUUCGAGAUCCAAAUAUUCAAAAGAAAGCAACAUUGUGCUCAAUAAGGAUUGUAAAGAAGGUCCCUAACCUUGCAGAAAAUCUUGUCAACCCUGUUGUUUCCUUACUUAAAGAAAAACAUCAUGGGGUUCUUUUAAUAGCAAUCCAACUCUGUACAAAUCUCUGUAACCUUAAUGAAGAGGCUCUUGAAAUUUUCAGGAAGGAAUGCACAGAGGUGUUGGUGAAAGUUUUGAAGGAUGUUGUCAACAACCCAUAUGCUCCUGAAUAUGAUGUUUCAGGUAUUGCAGACCCUUUUCUUCAUAUAAGACUGCUUCGCCUUUUGCGUGUUUUGGGCCAUGGAGAUGCUGAUGCUAAUGAUUCCAUGAAUCACAUUCUUGCCUAGGUGGCAACAAAAACUGAGUCAAACAAGAAUGCAGGGAAUGCAAUACUUUAUGAAUGUGUAGAAACCAUUAUGAGCAUUGAAGAUAGCAGUGGU